ACCGGUUCAAAAUAAGAUUCCUAACCUCUAUAUUGCUUGUUGAUUGCAGAAAGUAUAAAGGCAAUUUAUCUUACGAACUAAUAUUUGAAUCGUUUUCCCAAUUAAUAUCGAUUAACCCAAUCUGAAUAGAGAUGGUGCGAACUGGCGACCGUUGUGUUCGAGUUGGUGGUGGUAAAAGUUCCGGUAAAAAAGGAGGAGGAGGAAGUGCUAGUAGCAGUUCAACUCCAAAUUCUAAAGCAUCUUCCAGCAAAAAAAAUUCAAGCAUUGGUGGCAAUCCAGUUUGUCCCAGGGAAACGCCAGAAUGGCAAAAGCCAAUAACAAAUUUCUUUCAAAGAAAGGAUAAUGGAGAAAAUUCUAAUCAAACAAAUAAAGAGAAGGAAGUAUCUGAAAUACAAGAAAGUACAGUUACUAGUAAUAUUAAAGAUUGUGAAAAUGAGGAUACGGUAAAUGAAACUUCGCCUGGCCAAAAACAUGCUGAUAUUGAAUCGAAGAACACUCCAACUAAAGAAAAAUCUCAGAAUAAGGAAGCUAGAUCCAUUGCUAAUAGCAAUAAUAAAUUAGACGAUGCAAUACCUAGCACAAGCUCUGCAUUAGUAGAAAGCUCAUCAUAUAAAAAUAAUGAAUGUAAAGGAGAAAACCAAGAUAAUUGUAAAACACCUACUUCUGAUAGGAAACGUAAGUCUUCAAUUAAUAUCUUAACUCCUAAAAGAAUUCAGAGUCAUUCAUAGACUCGAUUAUGUGAUCUUAUUCAGUAUUCAAGAGAUAUUUUUUCUAGUUUUCAUAUCCGAUAUUUUUGUUAUUAUCUUGAUCUCUAUUGCUUUUUUUUGUGUUGACUGAUAUGAUAUAUCAUGCUUUAAAAUUAAGUCAGCUUGUCACAUGGUUCAAAAUACAUAUCAUUUUGAAUUGGAGUAUAAUAAAUGUUGAUAUUGAAGUAGCGUAGUGUUCAGUGUUUCUUGUUUGUUAACUAGUGAUAAUCUCAAAUUUAUAUGAACUUAUUAUAAAUAAAUAUUAUAACAGA